GCCAAUAUAAAUAUAUUUGAUGCCAAAACAAAUUUAUAUGGAUCAGAAGCCGCAGUGCAAAUGAUUAAUGAUGAGUUAAAUGAUUUUCAAUAUAAACCAUCUUCGUUGAAAAGAAAUAAUGAGAAAGCAAAUAUUGCAUAUUUAUUUAAUGAUGAUAGAAUAAAAAAACAGCAUAAUCAAAAAGAUUCCACAUUUGAACUUUUAACAAAGGAAAGCCUAAAUACAGAUGAGGAUUUGAUUAUCGGAAACUUUAAAGGUAGAGAAUUGCUAUUGAAUUGGAAAUUAAAAAAUAAUAUACUUUGUGACGAUCUCGCAUAUUAUAAUAUAUUAGAUCUCACUCCAGGUACAAAUAGUGAUUUUGUUAAAAGCUAUUUAUCAUCAGAAGUAUAUAAUAAGCUUAUAACUCAUGAACCAACAAUCCAAGAAAGAGAUUAUAAUGAAAUCAAAGCUUUUAUUAAUAAUAUGAUAAAGGUUACUGACUUUAAAAAAUCAGUUGUUGAGUAUUAUUUACUUACUCAAGACUUUGAUCUAAAAAAAAAUGAUAAAGAAAAUUGCAGCAAUGGUCGUAAAAUUGAUAUUGUUUGGGCUACUAAGCCCCUAAAAAUAGAAUUUGUCAUUGCAGAAAUAAGUGGACCUCCAAAUGAACAUCAACAUUCUCAUUAUUUUACGCAAAAUGAACUUAAAUCUUCUAAAGCUUUAUGGGCUACAA